CGGUGGCUUUCUCUUGGCGCGGGGCAUUGGAGGGGUAGAAAUUGCGUGCUCGUGCUAGGAUUUUCAACAACCAAACGCGACCGAUCUCGGAUGGGCUGAUCAUGGCUUCACUAUAUUGAGACAACUCAGUAGGCUGAGCAGCGGGAGGAAGAGUCAGCGGCCGACAUUUUACACCGCGUCUUCGGCGAGGUGACGCUUGGGGUGGAGCUAUAAAGGGAGACUCCCUCAGCGAAGCUAUAGACCAUCGCCCACGCGCCUGGAUACAACGAAUAUCACACCAAUACAUUGCGGGGUCUAGUCUCUUUGUUUCUGUAUGACGUGACGUGAACGGAGUUUUGCACAAUUGUUACUUGAACUUGUUCGGCGACCCUUUGUCACAGUUACCAGUUCUCCCUUCGGCCCGGAUUCUCCCCCUCCAAAUCAGAACCACAUCCCCGGAUUCUCCACUUUCGCUCGACCGUACAAGCUCACCAUGGCCGAGGAAAUUUCUAAGAACUUCGAGACGCUGCAAUUGCACGCUGGCCAUUCUCCAGACACAGCGACAAACGCGCGUGCUGUGCCCAUAUACGCGACCACUUCGUACGUCUUCAAUGACUCCGCCCAUGGCGCCAGGCUAUUCGGCCUCAAGGAGUUUGGCAACAUCUACAGCCGUAUCAUGAACCCAACCGUCGACGUCUUCGAGAAGCGAAUUGCAGCCCUAGAGGGGGGCGUUGCUGCUGUCGCCGCGUCAUCUGGCCAGGCUGCACAGUUCAUGGCAAUUGCUGCGCUGGCUCAUGCAGGUGACAAUAUCGUCUCUACUUCGAACCUAUAUGGUGGCACGUACAACCAGCUCAAGGUCAUGCUUCCAAGAUUCGGCAUCCACACUAAGUUUAUAAACGGAGACAACCCAGAGGACUUCAAGGCCGCCAUUGACGAUAAGACAAAGGCAGUGUAUCUGGAGAGCAUCGGCAACCCAAAAUACAACGUCCCCGAUUUCGAGAAAAUCGCCGCGAUUGCACACGAGGCUGGAGUGCCGGUUCUUGUUGACAACACCUUUGGCGCAGGCGGCUACUUCUGUCGUCCCAUCGAGCACGGGGCUGACAUUGUUGUCCACUCAGCUACUAAAUGGAUUGGCGGCCAUGGGACCACCAUUGGCGGCGUCAUCGUCGACAGUGGCAAGUUUGACUGGGGCAAACAUGCGAAGCGCUUCCCGCAGUUCAAUGACCCGUCCGAAGGCUACCACGGCCUCAAGUUCUGGGAUACCUUCGGCCCUAUUUCUUUCAUUAUCCGCGUCCGUGUCGAAAUCCUGCGAGACCUUGGUGCAGCGUUGAACCCGUUCGCUGCGCAACAGCUGUUGCUCGGAAUAGAGACAUUGAGUUUGAGGGGGGAGAGGCACGCUUUUAACGCGCUCAAGCUGGCGAAGUGGCUGGAGAGUAACGAGAACGUUAGCUGGGUGUCAUACCCUGGUCUUGAAAACCACCCCUCCCACGAGCUGGCCAAGAAAUAUCUCCCGAGGGGCUUUGGAGGUGUCCUUUCUUUUGGUGUCAAGGGAGGCGGUGCCGCUGGAAGCCAGGUCGUAGACAACUUCAAGCUCAUUUCCAAUCUGGCGAACGUCGGCGACUCGAAGACUCUAGCAAUUCACCCUUGGACUACUACCCACGAACAACUGAGUGACGAGGAGAAGGUCAGCUCCGGUGUUACGGAGGACCUCAUCCGUAUCUCAGUCGGCACUGAGCACAUCGACGACAUCAUCGCAGAUUUCGAGCAGUCCUUCAAGGCAUCUGCAACUAAGCCAGAGGAGAAGGGUGAGGCUUCCAAUGCCGAGAAGACCGGAGAGACUGCCGGAUCGUUGUCUGGCUCCGUCUGA